AUGUUUCCUGACAUCGAAAUUAUGAAAACGUUUCACAAAGGUAGUGAUUUAGUCGAUCGAUUAUUAACUUACGUGGAAUGUUUUCAAAAAAAAGAAAUGAUGGGUGAAGUGUAUGUUGCGUUUGCAAAGCUACCUACUGCUGGAGAAAAAUUUGUAUACACAUAUAAUCUACUUAAAAAAUAUAAGAAACUACCUACGGAGUGUAAAAUGACAAAUCAUAAAAAUAACAAAAAAGCUCGAAAGAUCAGAGCCGAUGCAAGUAUAAAAUUUCAAAACUCAAAGUUUCACUCCGCUUUAUUUGAGUACAAUAAAAGUGUUAUGACUGCAAAAAUCGACACUGAAUACUAUGCAUUGGCUUUGGCAAAUCGUUCAGCUGCUCUCUAUCAUUUAGAAGAAUAUGAUGCCUGUAUCCAAGACAUUCACCGUGCUUUAACACAUAACUAUCCAAUCGAACUGUCCUAUAAGUUAUAUGAAAGAGAAGUGAAAUGCCUAAAAUAUAUGGGGAAAAUAUCAGAAGCCAAAUUAAAGUUUAAAGAAUUUUCAUCUUCUUUAUCUCUAGCCUUUAUUUUCAAAGAAAAGAAAAAAGACAUUGAAAUGCAAAUUGAAAGUUUUUUAAAGGAAACCAAUAAAAAAGAAAUAAAUAAUGAACAAGAUAAACUCUGUGUAAUCAAACUAUUUGGAAGUCCAAAUAAAAAUAUCCCAGCGUUGUCCAAAUUUGUGAAAAUGAAGUAUUCAGAAUCGAUGAGUAGAUGUUUGGUUGUUUCAUCCGAUAUUAAUCCUGGAGAAGUUCUUGCUAUUGAAAAACUUUAUGUAGGGGUACUAAGACGUGAAUCCUAUGGAUUUAACUGUCAAAACUGUUUUAAACGUUGUUUAAAUGGCAUACCUUGUCUAAAAUACUUAAUAAUAAUAAUAAUAAUAAUAAUUAAUAAUACUUUGGCAAUUUACUGUGAUGAAACUUGUAGAAUAAAAUCUUACAAGAGUGGCCAUAAAUAUGAAUGCUUAUUGUUUUCAACAUUUAACUAUUGGCCUGGUAUGGAUCACAUGGAACAUCUUUCACUUAACAUAUUCUUAAAAUCAGUUUGUGAGUUAGGAUUAGACAAGUAUGUUGCAACUGUAUGUGCUUUGAAUGCUGAUACUACUGAUCCAAUGAUGCGAGGCUUUAAUAAUAUUGGAAAAUAUUUAUCUGACCAAUUUUGUUCUGUAUAUACGUUGGAGGGAAAUGAAACUAAAAGAUCAGUAAGCGAUUUAUUUUCAAGACAUUGUCAUGCUGCAGUUAUGGUUUCAAUUAUGAUAUUAGCGGGCCUACAAAUACCUAAUCAUUAA